AUGUCUCGGGAGGCCCCUUGGUGGAAGAACGCCACUAUCUAUCAGAUAUAUCCCGCCAGUUACAAAGAUUCCACCGGCGAUGGCGUUGGUGAUAUUCCUGGAAUCUUGAGCAAGCUCGACUAUAUCCAGGCACUUGGUGUUGACGCCAUCUGGUUGUGUCCUAUGUACGACAGUCCCCAAUAUGAUAUGGGAUACGACAUUCGCGACUAUGAGAAAGUCUAUGCUCCAUACGGCACAGUCGAGGAUGUCGAGACCCUGAUUGCUGCGUGCCAUGAGCGUGGAAUGAAGAUUUUGCUCGACUUGGUGAUCAAUCACACAUCACAUCUCCACGCCUGGUUCCAAGAGUCACGAUCGUCCAAGACAAGCGCAAAGCGCGAUUGGUACAUCUGGCGACCUGCCAAGUAUGAUGCCGACGGAAACCGCCGUCCCCCCAACAACUGGCGUAGCGUGUUUGGAGGCAGUGCCUGGGAGUGGGACGAGGAGACACAGGAAUACUACCUGCACCUUUUCGCAGUUCAACAGCCAGACUUGAAUUGGGAGAAUCCCACAAUGCGCGCGGCUGUCUAUGAAUCAGCCAUGGAAUUCUGGCUACGCAAGGGAAUUGAUGGCUUCCGCGUCGAUACGGUCAACAUGUACAGCAAAGAACAAUCAUUCAAGGAUGCUCCGAUCAUCGAUCCUCGGCUGGAGUGGCAGCCUGCUUCAUCGUUGUACUGUAACGGCCCUCGGAUCCACGAGUUCAUGCGGGAGAUGGGCGAUAUUCUCAUCAAGUAUAAUGCCAUGACCGUCGGUGAGCUGCCACACACACCAGCAGUCGAAGAUGUGCUUUCCUAUGUUUCAGAGAAGGAGAAGCAGCUAAGCAUGGUCUUCCAAUUCGACAUUGUGGAUAUUGGUACUGGUGCAGUGCGGUUUGACACUGUCCCACGCGCCUGGACGUUGCCUGACCUUCGGGAGCGUGUGGCCCGCACUCAGGCUCUCAUGGAUGGCACUACCGAUGGCUGGAGCACAACUUUCCUUGAAAAUCAUGACCAGGCUCGUUCCAUCUCCCGAUGGGGUAGCGAGGCGACCCCGGAACUUUGGGCCCGAAGUGCAAAGAUGCUGGCUAUGCUUGUUGCUAGUCUGUCAGGAACUCUGUACGUCUAUCAGGGCCAGGAGAUCGGUAUGGUGAAUGCCCCCAUCGAGUGGGACAUUAGCGAGUACAAAGACCUCGACAGCCUUAACUAUUACAAGUUCGUGCAAGAGCUGUCCAAUAACGACCCGGUCGCAGUUGGAGCUGCAAAGAGCGCCAUAUCUCAUCUUGCACGCGAUCACGCCCGUAUGCCCAUGCAAUGGGAUGGCACGCCGAAUGCUGGUUUCACUACCGCCACAGCUAAGCCUUGGAUGCGUGUGCACGACAAUUAUCCAGAGCUGAACGCGAAGCGACAAGCACUCGAUCCAAAUUCCGUUCUUUCCUUCUGGCGUGAGCUCCUGAAGGUCCGCCGUGAGUACCCAGAAGUCUUUUCGGAGGGUGUCUUCGUUGACACAGACCCUCUAAACGAGUCUGUCUUUGUCUUUGAGAAGAAGGCUACUCAUCAGAAGCUGGUUGUUGCUCUGAACUUCACGGUUGACAAACAGUCAGUUGAUCUGGCAGCCCGGAUCGGCUCGAGACCUUACAAGACUCUGUUGAAAAACUGCGAGGGGGAGUCACUAGAUGAGUUGGAAGCAUAUGAGGGGCGGGUUUACCUAGUGGAUAAUUAG